UGUGCAGGGUGGGAGGGUUACCUCAGGGCAGCUCCUCCUUCAGAGGCCGCAGGGCAGCUAUUGCCCGUUAACAGAGCGGGACAAAAAGCGUUGCCCUUGUAAACGCCCAGGGUUUAUCAUUACUGUAUUUACUUCACGACAAUGUUUUAUGCUGCUUGCGUAGACUCAAAGGUCUACGAUUGACGCGUAACAGAAGGAAAACGCCUGCUCUGCCCACGCCAGCCGAAGCACCAGCCGGCGCAGGGAAAGCGGCUGCGCAGCUCCGGCGGCCCCGCAGGUCAGGCCUUUCCGCGGCGCCUGGGCCCCCCGCCCCGCCGGCCCGCGACAGGGGCUAACACAGGGCCCGCUGCCCCCACACCCCCCGCCCGCACCCGCCCCAACGGCCGCGGGCGCGGCCCUCGCCGAACUCUCGCGAGAGCGGGGCGGAGGCGGUUGCGGCGGCCGGUUCUGCCGCCGGCAGCCCGGGGCGGCCGGGCCCGCUCGGCUCCGGGGCGGCGGGUGCUCGCUCUGGCGGAGGCGGGCAGCCGCCCCUCGGGGCCCGGGGUCACGGCGGUACCGCCGCGUCGCCGGGAUGCUUAGUCCCGCCGCCCGGGCCCCUCCGCGGCGGCGGGCAGCGGAGCGGGACGGGACGGGACGGGGAGAAGAGCCUCGCCGUCAGGGAGGAAGGCAGCUCUAUUCCGUUUGUGCUCAUCUUUUUCCAAGGGCAAAACAGAAUCUGUUAUCAUCUGACUCAGAGGCAGUGGUACCCCAACCUCGGGAGCCUCAGAAUCUGGAUGACUCGUCACCUGUGGGUCAGUUUUCCAUGAUGUACUGGCCACACCAAUGUGAAGUUGUCAGAGACAGAAUUGAGCACAUUGAUUGGAUACCCACUACCCCUGAACCAUUGUACACUCCAACAGGUUGGGAGAUGAUGCCACCAUACCAAACUCCUGACAAAGGCACUGUGAUUUAUCUAGAAAAAGCUAACAAAACCCCCUGCUUUACGUAUUCCCAAGUGAGAGGUCUCUGCCCCCUGACGCAAAUCCUCCAUCAGAAAGGGGACAACACACUGAUCUUUGAAGCACGGUUUGAGAGUGGGAAUUUGCAGAAGGUAGUCAAAGUCAGUGAAUUUGAGUACCAGCUGACCCUGCACACCGACCUCUACACAAGCAGACACACACAGUGGUACUACUUCCGAGUUAGCAAUACACAGGCAGGGGUGCCGUAUCGCUUCACUAUUGUCAACUUCACCAAGCGUAACAGCCUGUAUAAACGUGGCUUGCGGCCACUGUUGUACUCGGAAGCCGAUGCUGAGAAACACAAGGUUGGCUGGCGAAGGACUGGAAAUGAAAUCAAGUAUUACAAAAACAAUGUGGGCCAAGGGAGACGUCAGUAUUUCUCGCUCACUUGGACGUUCCAGUUCCCUCAUGACCAAGACACCUGCUACUUUGCCCACUGCUAUCCUUAUACCUACUCCAACUUGCAGGAGUACCUGGUGGCCAUCUCUAAAGAUCCAGUGAAGUCCAAAUUCUGCAAGAGGCACAUCUUGUGCCAUUCACUGGCAGGAAACACAGUGUAUGUUUUGACUAUCACCAACCCCACCAAAAGUGGCAGGGGCACCAAGAAGGCGGCUGUGAUACUAACCGCAAGGGUGCAUCCAGGAGAAACUAACAGUUCCUGGAUAAUGAAGGGCUUCCUGGAUUACAUUCUUGGCGAUUCAGACAAAGCUCAACUCCUGCGGGAAAAUUUUUUCUUCAAAGUGGUACCCAUGUUGAAUCCAGAUGGUGUGAUUGUGGGAAAUCACCGCUGCUCUUUAACAGGUCAGGACUUGAAUCGCAAAUACAGAUCUAACAUGAAGGAAUUUUAUCCUUCCAUCUGGUAUACCCGAAACAUGAUCAAAAGAGUGAUGGUGGAACGUGAUGUUUUCCUGUAUUGUGACAUCCAUGGUCACAACAGGAAACAAAAUGUCUUCAUGUAUGGUUGUGAGGGAAAGCAUCAAGCAAAAGCACCAUCCAUGCAUCCACGUGUCUUCCCACUCUUGCUGAGCAGGAGCUGCCCAGAUAAGUUCUCAUUCCCAGACUGCCGUUUCAGAGUACGGAAGAGCAAAGAAGGCACAGGUCGAGUGGUAAUGUGGAAAAUGGGCAUCAACAACAGCUACACUUUGGAAGCCUCUAUCUGUGGCUCUAAGUUGGGCUGCAGACAAAGCACCCACUUUGAUAUGAAAGACUUGGAGUCAAUAGGACAGCAUUUCUGUGAUGCUCUCUUGAACUGCUGUGUUCAUAACAAGGAGGGACAUGAGAAAAUAGUGAAACAGCAAACCAGGGUGAACUCCAAGGUCCUGAAUUCUGAUGUGUUAGACUGGGAUUCCAGCAGCGAAACUUCUGACAGCCCAGUCUCCUGUGAUCUUGCUGCAUACCAGCUAAAACGAGGCACCAAGAAAAAAAACAAAACAUCAGGAAAACAGUUUCACGGCAUUGCUAAGAACAGAAGUCAUGAAAGCAAAAAUACUCAAGGCACUGAAACUCAACAUAAGAUAUUUCAGGUACUUGACCCAGUGAAAAAAGUACAGACAAAAUGAAAGAAGCAAAUGUGGAGGCUGAGGAAACAGAACUGGUGGACUUGUGUCAUUGCAAGCACAAGGAAAUCCGGGAAAGAUUUAGGUGUCAAAGUGAACAAGCAGCUCAACAUGAGUUCUCUUCAUAGUGCGCCAGAAGGACAAACACAGUUUUUGCCUAUGUGAAAAUAGGAGGGAAAAGCUAUCUUGAUUUGUAGAACUUCGUUUAGACUACUACUGAAUUACUUUGACUACUUCUGGUGUCAUCAUUACUUUAAAGAAUUUUUUUCAGAAGAAGAAUGCAAACGAGGACCCCUCAAAGUAUGUGAGAACUGGAGACAACCUCUUAUUGUGACACUUAAGAGUGUUCAGCCACUUCAUAAUGAAAUGGGACUUUAUGGGAUGAAAAUUGUCACCUAAAAUAUGACAAUGUUCUUCACUAGAGUAGCUGAAAGUAGCAGAGAUAGCUUCAGUUCAUCAAAAAAAAAGCAUGAGAAGCUGUGACUGCAGUUGAUAACAGUCAAAUUUGCAUUAGAAAUCAGAGGUGCAUGUUUUGGCAGGGAAUCAGAGCACCCAUUAGUGCAAACUCCAGGAGAUGUAGUGGGUUCUCUGUCCUGCUUCAGUCAAACACACAGUCUACACCAGGGCCCACAGAAAACUGAAUGAAAUUGCUAGCCUGUGUUUCAUAAUAGGCAAAACGAGUAUUGAAAUGAUCUGUGGUUCUUUCAGGCCUUAAAAGCCUGGUUUUCAUAAACUUACAAUUUUAAUGUUUCACAUUAAAACAGAAUAGGAUUCUUACAGGGAUGUAGAGUUUAUUCAAUCCAAGAGUUUAAGGUAGAGUUUUUGGUAGAGUUUUAAUAGAAAACAUUGCUGUGGACAGAGUACAGAAAAGGAAUAGAAUUUUUUAUGCUUAGUGUCAAACUUUGUGGCUUCACAGAUACCCACAAAGCCAUGAAACAGCCCACUAUCAAGCAUAGAAAAUCAACAAGUUAAUCUAUGAAGAAAGUACCAAAGUGAAAUGUCCUGAAUAGAAAGCUACCUGUCCUCAUCCCACAGUGCCAUAAGUCAGUAUUAAUUGAUUUUAGCCAUUAUUACAAUUUUUAUUUAUUCAAAUAAACACCUCCUGAGCAGUGUUAAUUACAGCAUUGUGUCACUUUUCUUAGAUUCUUACAGCUCACAUUAUUGGCAACAUUUUGCAAAACCAAUAGUACGUUUCUCUUCAGCUCUGACAUCUCCUACACGGUUAAACAAGCUUCAUGAAAUAUUCCAAGAAUUGCAACAAGAAAAAAAAAAAAAAGGAUUCUUCUCAUUGAUAUAAAAGCUUUAAAAUCAUUUCCAGAUGUCAUGUCAGCAAAUUAUACAGAACAGUACUUCAGUCGAUGUUUUCAUGAGCAGAGAUCUAGAAUUCCUCAGUGAGGACUGGAUGAGAAAUAUUAAAGCAAUCAUACAUACUAUCUGUGGUUUAAUAUAAAUCUGUGAGUUUUAUAGAUUCAUAGGGAGCUAUGAUAAAUCAGCUAAACAGUAGAAUGUGAGAACAUAUUACUUAUUCUCUGCCUACAUUAAGGAUACUGGAAUUUAUUCUCAGGAUGAUCCUUAUUCAUGUCAUUUUCACACUUCAGGUGCUGAAAAUCUAACGAUGUCGUGCUGUAGUAGUGUGUUUUAGUAAUGACCUUGUGCUUGGAUCUAAAUUCCUGUCUUGUUUUUCUCAGACAUGCACCCAGAGCUAUGCUACCUUAUGACUGCUUUGGUUUUGUCUUGGAGAACUUAGCCAGAAGAAAUUAAAACAAAGUAGUGUGGUAGCUAGAAAACUAACGUAUUAAUAUUUGGUUUGUGAAAGGGUUUGUAGGAAGAAUGUGCCUGUGAUAGGAGAGGACUGGAUUCAUUGAUUCACAGGAGCGUAUCCCAUGUUCUUAAUGUAUUUCUUAAAACUGUGUAAAUAUAACUGGAAGGUUUUCCUGUGUUUUGCCUUCCCUCCUUUAUUUUGGCCAGGAAGGUUGAAUAUUACUAAUGACAUUCAGUAUCAACUGCACAAAGAACCUAUUCGCUUAGAAUAAAAGGAGCUUCAGAACGUUGUAAAUAUUAUUCAUGGCCGAGGGACAUGCCUCCCCGUACACUGUCAGACCUGGUUCAUCUCACCCGUUAAUCAUGGAUUAAAGGCAGCUGCAGGCAGCUGGGGCCGCGGCCGGCCGGGAAGAUGCGUCUGCCGGCUCGGGUCAUGCUGAGAGGGAGGCCGGGGGCCGGGGCUGCGGCGGUGGUUUGGCCGCUUGAGGAGAUGUGGUCGUCACCUGCCGUCAGCGCUGGGGCUGUCCCACCUGCCGACGUGCCGGAGAUCUGUGUCUUGAGAAAGAAGAUACGUGAGCCGCGUGCACAAGGAAGGGAGAGAUUAAGUUAAAAGUGAGUCCUCCUCUGCCAGCCUGGAAGUCUGGGCACAAAUCAUUCCAGCUGUAAUUGGCUUCUGAGGGACAGGCAGUCCAGUUAAAUACAGUUUAAACACAGUUUUAGGUAAUUGUACAGUUGAGUACAUUUAAGUGUUACGACCGAUGAGGGCUUGGCUGCCAAAGAGGAGAUUAAUAAAGAAUGCAUUUUUUAAUA